GCACUGUAAUAAAAUUCGAUGCAUAUUGACAGUUUGUUGUUAGUUUGCUGAGAUGCCAAAUAAAUCCGAGGAGCUGGGCGAAACGCAACUGACCAAAAGGCAGAGGAGGAAGCAGACGAUCUGGACGCGGGAGAAGAUCGCCAAGCUAAUCGAACUUUACCGCUCAUCGGACUGCUUGUGGAACCACUAUUCCGAGCUGUAUAAAAACAAAGAUUGCAGGGCUAAAGCCAUCGAUUCCAUCUGCGCUUCGCUCGGAAUAACGAAACACGACUAUGGCAAGAAGGUGCACAACCUGCGCAAUCAAUUCAAUGCGGAGCUCAAGAAGUUGGAGAGGAGGCUCGAAGAGUCGGGAGGAGAUCGAGAUUCCGAGAAGGCUUGCCGAUGGGAGCACUUCAAAACGCUGAUGUUCCUGCGAUCUGUUAUAGAACCACGACCAGGCUAUCAACAAGGUCCUCCGGGCAAGAAAUUGGUAUCGAAGCUGGACAUGAGCUACCCAGAUCAGGAUGUGGAAAAGCAGAGCCAAUCCUCUAUAGAAAGUCUAGAAUCCAUGAUCAUAGAGAACGAUGCUGAAAUCUGUCAGCCUCCGAAGGUCAGCGAACCCAUUCCGAUGCCUCUUGAACCUGCGCCGUCUUCCAAAUUCGUUGAUCCAAAUCGAACUUUCGAAGCUCCAGCUGCUCCCGCUCCCGUCCACAUACCAUUAAGUGGUCGGGAUCAAUGGGACGCAUUUGGCGAACUAAUCGCCAGUGAAUUCCGCAACCUGAACUCUGAAGUUUCGCGCAAGAGGCUGAAACGGAAAAUAAUGCAAGUUAUGCUGGAAGUCGGCGAAGAAGAUGAUCUUGCAAACAGUUGAUUGUAGAAGUAUGAACAUGUUUAAUGCAGCGGACACCCUUUUAGGUAUAAAUCUUAAAUAUAUGCAGCACACAGAUCAUGCGAAUACGUCAUCGCAAGACACUUUGUAUGUACAUUUUAAACAUCAUUCGAUAUAAAAAAGAAGUGGUUUAACUUCGCAUUGUUAAGCUAUCAAAAUCGUAA